AUGGCUUCGCUUUCACUUCCUCCGCAGUCCCAGGCGGGCUUCCCGCCACAUUUCGACAACUCGAACCUCUCCGCCAGCCACGAUCGCCGCCAGCACAUGCACGCACCAUUGCCUAAUCCACCAUUUGUCUUUCCUGCACGGGACCCUGAUACCCCCAACACCCAAUCGGAAACCCCUGAACGCCGGGGACGGCCUGCGUUACCCUCAUUCUCUUUCAAUCCCGGAUCAGAACAGCAGUCACCACACCUCUCAGCACCGUCCUUGUCGAAUCCUCGCACGGGCGGACACCGUCGGCGACCAAGUGAGUUUGUCGGAACCGACCAUUUGGUAACACCGGAAACACUGGGACCCGGUCACAGACGGGCGGCUUCCAUGGCAGAUCAACCUAUUCCCCCUCCAGGGCCUGGUGUUGGUAGGGUUCCUGGACGACGAAAUCAUGCUCAUCGGCGUUCUGCUGCGAUCUCGGGUGUCGAUUUGAAUGUCAUCACUAAGGCACUUGGCCCUAGUUCUAUGGUUGGAAGUGCGCCUACUACACCUGCCGACCCGUACCGCAAGUCUGCAUCUGAUAUUCCUUCGCGACCACUCUCUCAAUCGGCUGCUAGCCUCGGACGCCCUACGCCCCCUGCAUCUCCGCUAUUACCCCCCGUGCCUCCCAUUCCCGCCGCCAUUCAAGCGGAAAUGUCCUUCAACCAAACCUCAAAUGUCGAGCGACCAGUCUCUGUUGUGUCGCAUGGCACCUCGGAUAGUACGACCACAAUUAAGGCGCAGCAACAAAUGGAGAAGCCGACUUUCUCGGAUCGGGUAAAGCCAAGACCUCACUACAGCCCAAAACCUCGGCCGAAGACUGCCGAUGCCUCUUUGGUGAUGGAUUUCAUGCAGACAGAUGACGACUCCGGAUCCUCUAUCAAACGUUCGCACUCCGCCGCUGGGCACUCUCGCUCCCGAAAAAGCAAAUCGACGCCGCAUCUCGAUUCUACUCUCUUGCCUGAUGAUGCUCAGUCGACGGACAACUACCGACCUUCAUUUUCAGACGAUGGUUCCGAUACAUCUGGCGAUGAAGCGGUGGAGCAUUCGUCUGACAAUAAAUCACAUAUCAAGUCCAAAAAGAAGAAGCAGAAGCGUGUUCGCUCUUGGGCCGGUCACAUUCUAACUCGAACCAAGAGCAAGGGUAAGGGUAAGCGCCAUGCGAAGUCUGACACACAGGAGGAGCCGCCUGUACCUCGCGCCCCUGCGCAUCGCCCACCUGCUCUUACUCGGACCAACUCAGGGACCGGAUCGGUUUUGGAUGUUGAUUUUGAUAAUGACGAUGUCGUUGUCAUCCGGACUCCGACCAAUCCUUCGAUGCCUCCUUCUGCCCUUGAGCCUGUUCAAGAUAAUCGUCAGACCGAAAGUGGCUUGUUGUCUGCACAAUCACUAGAGACCUCGUGGAAACCGAGAAGUUUCUAUGAGCAGGGUGUUGGCCCGCACGAUAAUGUACUAAGUAGCCCUAUCAUUGACCUUGAUGCUGCCCUUGGUCCUUUCAACACUCCCGAUAUGCGACCAGUGACGCAGGGUGCGCCCAGCAACAACUUUUCGGUUGCAACUCAACGGAUGUACAGCGGUGGAAGACGGGGUGAAUUUGUUGGCCCAGAGAUGCGCUAUCAUCGGCGCACAGAAAGCGCCCCAGCGAUGCAACCAUUCGACCGCUCUGCUCUCGGUGCCUUCCGUUUGGGUCCGACCUCGGCAGUCGAAACGCCCGAUGUGUUUGACGAAGAGGAAGAGGAUGCUUUCCUGGCUGCUUCCCAGUCACCCAAGGGCGAGCGCAUUCCCGUGAACGUACAAUCGAUCGACAACGCAGUGUUUUCGUCGUCCGAGGAUGAUGUGAAAUCUGUCCACAGCAACGAUACCACCGGCAGUAGUGAUACUCUGACUCGUGCCCCCGCGGGUAGCAUUUCCUCUCAGAAUGCUGGCUUAGGCAUUCAGCAAGGCGAUAAACAGGUUAAUCAAGAACAGCCGGUGGGAAAGAGUGCACUUGAGCAGGUACAUACUGCUAGCAAUCCUUUCGGCAGCAAGCCUCGAACCCCCGUCGAAAUUCUGAAGACGGAAGAAUCUACGCAUCAAACGAUUGGGCCUCCCAGCCCCGACGUUUCUCCUCGAUUCAUGGCUAUCGACAAACGGCCAGCAACCUCACCCAUUGAGCUGUUGCCUACUAUUCCACCAUUUGCGUUGCAACCAGGGGUUUCGCCUUCUGAUUCGUCUUUCCCGUCUCCCGAUGCUCCGCGGUCAAUUGCAGAGUCCUCUAUGACUGACCGGAACUUUUCCAGUCACUCGUACCAUCAUCUGCCAUCGGCGGAAUAUCCUUAUGCAUCAGUUGAAGAUGUCCCAUCUUUAACCAGCAGUGCAUCGACCAUGACCAACACUCUGAAUCGUUUCUCCGCGGUUUCCUUCUUUCCCCGUGGACGUCUUUCUACCGACCGCGCAGCUUCUUUCUCUGCUGCUGGUACCCGACGUACCAGCCAGGCUAACGCCUCCAAACGCUCCAGUCUAGCCAGCCUUUCCAAACUGGUCGGUGGUCCCCAUUCUGAGCGGAGCAAGCUCAAUCAGGAGGAGAAGCCCCCUAGCAACGCAUCGGACAAAACGAAGAAGAAGAGCCGCCGUCUCAGCCGAAUGAUGCACUUCUGGAGACCUAAGGACAAAGAAAAGCCAUCCAAUGAGACGGCACCAGCAAAUGAACGACCGCAGUCGUAG